AUCUUUUCCUUGAAUCAGCUUCUCCUCCCCCAUCCCCGUUUCUUCUCUCAGUGUAGCACAGGGCUCCCACAGCUGUGUGUGUGCGGUUUCCACUCUCUGAGACACCGGAGUGCGAGUGGUGCGCUGAGAGAGAGCCGGAGGAGGACAGAAAAAUCAGGCAGAAAGAUUCAGUGGCUGGAGAGGGGGGAGAGAGUCUUGUCAAUGGCUCUUCAGCAGCAGCCUUCCUAUUUCCAUCUCCUCUGACUGCACCCCAAAGCCUGACUCUUCUGCAGCCGGGGACACGGAGAAGAACAAGACAUUUUGAAAGAGCAGGGGGGAAAGAGCCCCAGAAACUGCAAGGCUCUCUCAUUCAUUAUUUUUUCCUCCUGUUUUGCCAUGAACCAGGCUCUUCCCCGUCCCUGAGGAGAAAUUAAAAAGCAGAAAGGGGAAUUCAGCACUUCUUUGGUUGCUAAGUGUGAGUGACAACUAUUAAGUAUGGCCCAAGGAGCUACUGAUCAAAGUAAUGUGGAAACAGCUGACCCAGAGGAGAGUUCUCCAAAUAUGAUUGUCUACAGAAAGAUUGAAGAUAUAAUUACAAGAAUGCAAGAUGACAAGGCAGGUGGAGUUCCCAUCCGAACAGUCAAGAGCUUUCUGUCUAAAAUCCCCAGUGUUGUCACAGGUACUGACAUUGUGCAAUGGCUCAUGAAGAAUCUCAGCAUCGAGGACCCAGGGGAAGCAAUACACAUGGGAAGUCUUAUAGCAGCUCAGGGCUAUAUCUUUCCAAUCUCAGAUCAUGUUCUUACCCUGAAAGAUGAUGGGACCUUCUAUCGUUUUCAGGCCCCGUACUUUUGGCCUUCAAACUGCUGGGAACCAGAAAACACAGACUAUGCUAUCUAUCUUUGCAAGCGGACCAUGCAGAACAAAGCUAGGCUGGAGCUGGCGGAUUAUGAAGCCGAAAACUUAGCAAGACUACAGAGGGCUUUUGCAAGGAAGUGGGAAUUCAUCUUUAUGCAAGCAGAGGCCCAAGUGAAAAUUGACAGAAAAAAGGAUAAAACUGAGAGGAAAAUUUUGGACAGCCAAGAAAGAGCAUUCUGGGAUGUGCACAGACCAGUGCCAGGCUGCGUGAACACAACAGAAAUGGACAUCAGAAAGUGUCGCCGUAUGAAAAACCCACAGAAGGUCAAAAAGUCAGUAUAUGGGGUUACAGAAGAUUCUCAGUCCCAAAGCCCUGUACAUAUGCCUUCCCAACCUGUACGAAAAACUACAAAAGAGGACUUCCGAAAACAAAUAACCUUUCUGAAUGUGCAGAUAGACAGACACUGUUUAAAAAUGUCCAAAGUAGCUGAAAGCCAGCUGGCACAGACCAACCAGUACAUUGAAUAUGAUCCAUACUGGAUAAGCGAUGACACUACUUUAUGGGACAUAGAAAUGAGCAAAGAGCCCAGCCAACAGCGUGUGAAAAGAUGGGGCUUCUCUAUAGAUGAGGUGCUGAAGGAUCCAGUGGGGAGAGAUCUGUUCCUUCGUUUUCUGGAGUCAGAAUUCAGUUCUGAAAACCUCAGGUUUUGGUUGGCUGUCCAAGAUCUCAAAAAACAACCUUUGCAGGAUGUAGCCACCAGAGUGGAAGAAAUCUGGCAAGAGUUUCUAGCUCCAGGGGCACAAAGCGCUAUCAACCUGGACUCCCACAGCUAUGAGAGAACAAGUCAAAACGUCAAAGACCCGGGGAGGUACACAUUUGAAGAUGCACAGGAGCACAUUUACAAGCUGAUGAAGAGUGACAGCUACGCACGUUUCCUCCGUUCUAACGCAUACCAAGACUUAUUGCUGGCAAAGAAGAAGCCAGAGAAUGAGCAAGGUCGUAGAACUUCUCUAGAAAAGUUCACUCGCAGUGUGGGAAAGUCUCUGGCAGGCAAGCGCCUCACAGGCCUGAUGCAGUCCUCUUGACAGCCUCAGCCCGACACGCUGUCGCUGACAUUCCUGAAGGACCACUGCACUCCACCCCCAUGGAGGAAGAUUCAUUUUGGGGAGAAUGGGUCACUGCAAGAGAGGACGCAAAUGAGAGUGAGGGCAGACAAAGGAGCGCAAGGUGGAGAGAUCAGCUCACCGGAGGUUCCUCUUUUCAUAGUUUACAUCAACACUUUCUUACGUGUACAGCUUUGUAAUGACAUUGAGUUCUAUAAAAGUACUUGGUUUCCUACUUGGUUUCAAAGGAGCACACUUCAUUGUAUAUGAAAGGUCAACAAGACAGAGGGCUUAGUAGCAUAUGAUGAAAGGAAUCAGUCCCAACCAUAAACUAGAGACAGAAGAGCUGAGCGAGAUCAAUAUUUACCCAUCAUCUCUUCUCUCCCUGGUAAAUGCCACCACCAUCACUGCCACUUGCUCUCUUUCUGGUGAUCAUCCAAGUCCAAUAAAUUACCUACCUGAAGCUGCUUCUCCUGCUCAAAAAAUGCUUAAUCCACAUCUCCUGCGGAUAGGAGCAAUUUCAUUGACUAUAUAUUUAUUCUUUCCUCUCCUUUUUUAAAACAAUGGUUGAAAGGGCACUUUUUAACUCUUCACUUCCUGUCCUUCCAAGAGCAUGUAGUAUGUCCAAAGAUACAUGGCUAGAUCAUCAGCUGAAAUCAGUGGAGUGUUUAUGAUUUCCAUGAGCUGAAGGUCUAGUCCAUACAAUCAGAUUCUGAUCUCUGUGUAAAUCGUCUGCCUUCAGCGGAGUUACUCUGCAUGUACAGUAGCACAAAUGUGAUCAGUGUCUGCCCUGUGGUCACCAGGCAAUGUUAGAGCUGUAAAAAGCAUACACACCUACGGUAAUAUGUUUUAUAUUGUAUUUGGUUUCCUAUUUAUUUCAAGUUUUUGUUACAUGCCUAUCAGUUUUUUCAAUUUAAUUCAAAACAGCUUGAUCUGAACCACUUUGGGAAAACUCCUAGCCACUCCAAAUAGAGAAGGUGAAAACCUGCUAUCCUUUAUGCAGGUGAAGCUAAUUCAAUUGACUUCAGCUGGUCACUUAGGAGUUACACCUGAGGGCAAAAUUCAGAGAGGAACAGGUUCCUGGUUAAGGUAACACAAGGGUGAAGCAGAAGCAUGUUGUGAAUAGGUCAGGAAUUUUGAUUCAGAGGCCACUUUUUGAAUAAUAAUGGGCACUGCUUAGACCUUGCUUUAAUUCUCAGACACACCACUCCCCUGGGAUGUGCCAUUUCUAAUAACAUUAGAAAAAUGAGGAUUGGCUGAAACUGCAUGUGACCAUCAUGCCCAAGAGUACAGGCUGAAAAAAGAUCCAAUACUGUUCUCAGUAGUCUCCGUAAGAGCUGAGAAAUGUGUCUUGGGAGGAGGAGGAAGAAAGAACUGAAGUACAGUAAUUUAUUUGGCUAAUAAUAAAAGCCAUGUAUAGUAGCUGCAGAAGUAAAAAGUGACCUGUAGUCACCUGCAACAUAUUGUGCAUAUUCAAAACUUUCCAAAACCAAUCAUUUCCAAAUAUGAUUCAGUUGAUUUAUGUCACAAUAACUGCCUAAUAAGUGAUGAUAGUUUUAAGUUCAUGAACUAGCAAGUGGUUCAGAAUAAGUACGUCUGUUGCCUUUCUUCACUCACACCCAGCUAACAUGUCUUUGGUACACAAGGUAGAAACUUCUGAAAGGGUUCUAAUCCUGCAUUCCUACUCAGGCAGAGCUAUCUAAGCCACCUAUGUACAAUACAUGCAGAUGCACUAGCAUUUAAGCUCUAUGCAUAUUCAAAACUAGGGUAUCACAAUUUCUAUCAGGAAAAAAAAGACUGGUCCUCUUCUCCCUUCCCUCUGAAAUGAAAUGCUGCCCAUGGGCACCUUAUUGCUUACAGGAAACUCAUGGUAUGUUUCAGGAUACAUCAACGGAUGUUCUGCCUAAGAGAGUGCAGGAUCAGGCCCUUUGCCUGUAUGGAUACACAGUACAGCUUUGAGAGGUGAUAUGUGCUAUCUUUUGCUAUAUUAUCCUAAAUAGUAUGUUAACCUACAGCCUCAAACUAAACUCUUCCCUUUUGUAUACCAAAACCACAGCUGAGUCCCAGGAUUGCAGAACUACUACAUCAGGGCAUGCACACAUACAUGUUAAGAUGAUCUCAUGGCCCAAAGUGACAUUGGUCACCUUCAAGAUAUUACUUUGUCCAUCCCCACUGGACCAGAUUUUCUGUCCUUUCCUGCACCCAGCCUCUGGUAAUAAUGGGGCCGUCUGCACAGCCAGCCCAGUUGGGUAUCCAUAAGCACUCGUAACAGUUUGAGAUUGUGAUGGCUGGCCUCCCAAAGGUAUUUUUCUGUGUAAAGCACAGUGGCACAUGUCACUGGAGUUUUAUAAAACAAUUCCUGCUUCCACCCCAGGCUAUUUUACUGUUGCAUGAACGCUGCUGUGGGCAGAGGCUUUUCAACCCUGUCAGCUUCGCUGAUAAGGAGAGAUUCUUAUAAAAUUCCAAGUCAGGCUGCGCAGAGUGAUCACGAGCAGGGUGUGUAUAUGAAAAGUAAAGCAUCUGGUAGUGUGUUCUGUGAGGGGCAGGCAGGUGGGCUGUGCGCACGCCGAAUGUUAGGGGGAGAAUGUAGCUGCUUUCAGGCAGGUAAAAACAGUUAUUCACACUGAACUCCUAGCCCCAAACUGAGCUGUUGCUCUGCUCUGGAAUGCUGGGUUCUGAAGGAGUGUACAGCUGGAGCAACUGAGCAAAGGUGCUCUGAGCUAUUCUUUCCCCACAGGACACAUGCAAGCAGAAUGCCUCAUGGGGCUUGUAAGGAGUAUGCUAUAUUGCUCCUUACCCAUUGGUGCUACCUCAUGCUGGCAGGUGUACAGGGAUGGAGAAACCUGGCCAUCUUCCCAGCAAGAAGUACUGGUAUUAGGAUAUGCCUUGGAUCUGUGCAGCUGUCCCCUUCCUCCUUUUCUGCCGGAUAUCCGGGUCAGAAAGGGCAAAAGUUAGUGACUCCUCUGUGGCUGUGCACUGUAAAUAGCAUGCUGAGCAUAGAAGUUUUACAGACACAGUGUGUCUAUGCAUGUACCCAAGGGGGCCUGGAUGUCGAACAACUUCUUAGCUAAGUGAACACACAUGCAAUCUAAUCUGUUCAACAAUGACUAGAGAAGCAGCCAAAGCUGCAUUUUCUCUGGAGAUCAGAAAGCUCUGCUCCUACUUGGUUUUCUGACUCAAUUUCUUCAAAAAAAAAAAAAAAAAAAAAA